CUUUUUCCUUCCUACUUGCCAACCAUCAUCUCCAACCAUUUUGUAGGCUCAUUAAGAUUUGAAAUCUCCAGCUGGAAGGUUUUUCAUGCUCAACGGUGGAGAUUGGGUCCUGUUCUCGAUCGGGCGGGCCAUAAGUAGCAGACAGUUUUUAUAUAUUAAAAAGAGGAGAUGAAUAUGGGCACCUAACAGAGCAAGCUUAGGUGGGGAUUGAGUGUGGCCGUAAUGACAAAUCCAACUGGUUGUCUCCAUUUCAUUUAAUGUUUCACAGCGUCUCACCUUCCCCACACCGGCCAACUCUAGAUUGGCGACUUGCUUCUUCUGCAUCGCAAGACUCGCUUGUCAAUUGGCUUCAUUUAAAUAGUCCGUGUCCAAGCCGCUGUUGUAGAGCUAGCUCGGGGAUUUGGAGAAAAUGGGGUUCGAUGUGAUAAGUAAAUGCAGCUCUGAAGGGCGGGAGGGGCAGACUGUGGCUGCGGAUUUGGAUGGCACCAUGCUCAGAUCGAGAAGCUCUUUUCCUUAUUUCAUGCUGGUGGCCAUGGAGGGCGGGAGUCUCCUGCGGGGCAUUGUUCUUUUGGCCAGCACGCCCUUGAUUUGGUUCGUUUAUGCUCUCGUGUCUGAGGCGGCAGGGAUUCAAAUGCUGAUUUUCAUUUCCUUUGCUGGGCUCAAGAUCCGGGACAUUGAGUUGGUGUCCAGGGCUGUUUUGCCCAAAUUUUAUGCAGAGGAUGUGCAUCCGGAGACCUGGAGGGUGUUUAGUUCGUUUGGGAAGAGGUAUAUCGUGACUGCUAAUCCAAGGAUCAUGGUGGAGCCCUUUGUGAAGAAUUAUUUGGGAGCGGAUAAGGUUCUUGGAACGGAGCUUGAGGUUUCUAAGUCUGGGCGGGCGACUGGAUUUGUGAAGAAGCCUGGGGUUCUGGUAGGGCAUUUGAAGAAAGAGGCCGUUGAGGCCGAAUUUGGCCCGAAUGCUGCGCCUGAUCUCGGCCUUGGCGAUCGGGAAACGGAUCAUCCUUUUAUGUCCAUUUGCAAGGAGGGUUUCAUGGUCCCGAAAAUGAAGGUCGAGGCAGUCCCCAGGAACAAGCUUCUGAGCCCUAUUGUGUUCCAUGACGGUCGCCUGGUGCAGAGACCUACUCCUCUGGUGGCGCUUCUCACUUUCCUCUGGUUGCCAAUCGGCUUUUUGUUUGCACUAAUCCGGGUCUUCGGCAACAUUCCUCUCCCUGAGAAGUAUGUUCGAACCUCCUACAAGAUGAUGGGAAUCAAGCUUGUGGUGAAAGGAACUCCUCCUCCGGGCCCAAAGAGGGGCGAAAAGGGCGUGCUCUUUGUCUGUGACCACAGGACUCUGCUCGACCCGGUGGUAAUGGCGGUCGCCCUGGGGCGAAAGGUGAGUGCUGUGACCUACAGCAUUAGCCGCUUCUCUGAAAUCAUUUCCCCCAUUAGGACCGUCCGGCUCACCCGGAACCGUGAAAAGGAUGCCGCAAACAUAAAACGCCUUCUUGAAGAUGGCGAUCUGGUGAUUUGUCCGGAGGGAACGACCUGCAGGGAGCCCUUUCUGCUCCGUUUCAGUGCCCUUUUCGCAGAGCUAACAGACCGCAUUGUGCCUGUAGCCAUCUGCAAUAAAAUGAGCAUGUUCCAUGGCACUACCGUCCGUGGGUGGAAGGGAUUUGACCCGUUUUUCUUCUUCAUGAAUCCGAUGCCCACUUAUGAGAUCACUUUUCUGGAUCAGUUGCCUACUGAGCUCACCUGCGCUGGUGGGAAAUCCGCCUUCGAAGUUGCUAAUUACAUUCAGAGGGUGUUGGCUGGUACUCUUGGCUAUGAAUGCACCAAUUUCACGAGGAAAGACAAGUAUUCUUGGCUCGCUGGUAAUGACGGCACUGUCUCCUCCAAACGAACCACCUGAGCCAUUCUCAUUCUGCUUUCCCACUGCCCAACGCCGAGAUCCCAACAUUCAUCAAUUAAAUAUUCUUAGAUUAUAUUAUUAUACCAUUGGAAGGAUAUACAGCACACUACCAGAAGAUUUUAAAGCGCUUUCACAGGGAAACUGCUCGUGUCGACUCGACUCAACUUAGCACAGCUCCGUUCAAUGGAAUUGAAAUCCCUCGGAAUCUGCCAUCGUUGCUGUUAUUGUUAAAUCUAUAUUAUAAUUGUUCUUACAGUUGGAUUAGUUUUUUUUA